AUGGUUUCCCGUCAAAAAGAUAUAAAUCUUAUAAAAAUUGAUGUGAUGAAAAAUCAAAAUUUAAUAGCAGAAGUAAAUGACAGACAAAAUCAUCAAACAACUCGAAAUCAAACUGUUGAAAAUAUAACUAGGUCAAAUUUAAAAAUACCGUUAGAGACUAUGGAACAACUUGACAGUCUUGAAGCAGAUGAAGAACUAAAACAAAUCUUUGCUAAUGUUAUUCGCAGAAAUGGAAAGUCAUUUGACUCAAAAAGAACAACAUAUCAAAUUAUGAAGAUUGUUUUUGAAAAUCGCUUGGCCGAGGGAUUGGAUAUGAAAGGAAGAGGAGAGAAGCGAGCAUUAUUAAAAAUGGAAAUUUAUGCUGUGAAGUUCAUGUUUCCUGAAGAAUCACUGAAACUGAUAAAAAUGUAUAUGAGUGAUUGGCUAAAGCAGGCUCCUAAGAGGAAAUCCUAA